AUCAGAACGGCCAUUUAAAAAUGAAACUGGUACUAUUAUUGUGUUUGAUAGCAGUAGCUGUUGCUGCCCAAAUUCCGACCUUCGAUUCUAACCAAAACGCUCGUAUACUUUACCAAAAUUACGAAAAUAAAUUUGGAAGCUACAAAUUUGGUUUCAGACAAUCCGAUGGUAUCAGACAUGAGCAGGAAGGAUUUCUCAAUAACUUCGGUCAAGAAAACGAAAACCUAUCCGUGAAAGGUAGUUACUCAUGGCUAGGACCUGAUGGAGUAACUUAUGAGAUAGACUAUACAGCUGGCGAAGAUGGUUUCAAACCAGAUAUUUCUCAGGGACCCGGUGGUGGCAUUCCGCCACAAAUCCUGGGUUCUAUGGCUGGUUAACAUGCUAUUCCACGUGCUCACAAUCUGUUGUAUAUAAAUGAAUAUAUUAUUACAUAGAUCCCGGGUCGUGAGUUAAAUUGUCAGAGAUGCAAUGAUUGUGAACGUACAUAUUCUAAUGGAUCUAAGUAGGGUCGAACGGAAUACGCGUGGCAAGUAGAUUGUGCUCUAUGUAUUGUUGAGAUCAUACUACUUUCCCUAAGAAUUAUGUUAUGUAUCGUGAUCAAUAAAUUGUAAACUCUAAAUAUUAAGAACAUUCAUUUCUCGUCCACAUUUCCGUAUUGAACUGACAGUGAUUGGCCAUGAGUGUAUUGUCGGCCACUCC